AUGCUUUCCGAUCAAAUUAAAUAGGUAUUGACAACUAACACUACGUCUUUUCUCGCCCCUAGGUUCUCUCGAAAAACUACACUACUUAAGAAGAGAAAUAAAGCUCUUUCGUCUUGUAGUAUUGAAGACAUUGCUACAUACACAUAAUAAAAAAGCUCACAAUAACCUUAAUCUAAGUAACAAAUAAUAAGAUCGGAAUCAUAACACAAUCCAAUAACUCCAAUAGCAACUCCACAAUAGAGUAAUUCAGUGAGUUGUCAAACAAAUACAUCUCUAUUCGAUGAACAGCUACCUGACAUUCCUGCAUCUGAUCCAAUUUGGCUUGAGAUUAUUCCUUAGGAGGUUUUGCAAGGAUCAACAGUAGAAUAACUUCUCGAAGACAAUAAAGAUUACUUUUAUUAUUUAUUAGGAUUGUAUCUACAAGAAUAAAUGCAUGGAGAUUUUAAUAUGAACAAAUUUAUAUUGCCAACUAAAUGGUAAAGUUAAUAUGGACGUGAUUUUCCAUUAAAAUAAANAAACAAUAUUAAUAGAUAAGGUAAUGUACCAAAGUCUCUAAUGGUAAAUACUUACAUUAAUUUAGAAAACUGAAGAAGCUGCAGCCAUGGGUCCUAUUCUCUUAGGAGUAUUUCUUUUUGUAGUUGUUGGAUCAGGUAUGGAAUUCUUAUUAUUAUUAGCCAUCUUCUAAAUUUUGAAUGUUUUAUCUAAUGGUAAUGAGUUGUGA